CCUGGGCGCACGACGUAACGCGGAAACAGUUUGAGUCCUGGACAGUGCAGGUUAAAGACUCACUCUGCAACAUGGCAAUCCUAAGCGUGCUGUCAGCCUGGAUUCCUCUGGUUCUCCCCUUGUUUCUGUGCGUUUUUUUCGUUGCGUUUCUCGGAUAUUGUCUUUACAUCAAAUACGUGCAUCUCAAAUAUGACCACAUCCCGGGACCACCGCGAAAGAGUUUUAUCUUGGGACAUGCUCAAAUUAUGGCGGACGUGCUGAAAAAUGAUGGAGUGAUUCAUGAGAAGUUUCUUGAAUGGGCAGAGACAUAUGGUCCAGUGUACAGGAUCAAUAUUCUGCAUUAUGUGAUGAUUGGUGUUUACUGUCCAGAGGCUACAAAGGAAAUUCUCAUGUCCCCAAACUACCCCAAAGAUAAAUUUUUCUACAAGCGUCUGUUCAACAUUUUCGGUCAAAGGUUUUUAGGUAAUGGCCUGGUGACAGCACUGGACCAUGAGCAGUGGUACAAACAGAGACGCAUCAUGGACCCGGCCUUCAGCAGCCUAUACCUGAGAGGCCUGACGAGCACCUUCAAUGAGAGAGCAGACAAACUGAUGGACAAACUGUCUGAGCACGCUGAGAACAAAACUGUGGCCAACAUGCUCCAUCUGUUCAACUGCGUCGCUCUGGACGUUAUUACAAAGGUGGCGUUUGGUGUUGACUUGGAUCUGCUCAAAUACACUUCACCGUUCCCCAAAGCCAUCGAGAUGUGUCUAAAAGGAAUGUGUUACUAUAUCCGAGAUAUAACCUUCGAGUUCAUACCUCAGAACUGGUCUUUUAUUAAUGAAGUGAGGCAAGCCGGUCAUCUGCUGCGUUCGACCGGAGCUCAGUGGAUCAAUCAGAGGAAGACUGCCAUGCAAAAUGGAGAGGACGUGCCCAAAGACAUUCUCACACAAAUCAUCAAAUCAGCUGGACAAGAGGAAAGCAUGACCAAAGAGGAUGAAGAGUUUAUGUUGGACAACUUUGUGACCUUCUUUAUCGCAGGCCAGGAGACCACCGCCAAUCAACUCGCCUUUUGUGUCAUGGAACUGGGAAGACACCCCGAUAUUGUAGAGAAAGCAAGAAAAGAAGUUGAUGAAGUCAUUGGAAUGAAAAGAGAAAUAAGUUAUGAUGAUCUGGGAAACCUGACGUAUCUAUCACAGGUGCUGAAAGAGGCCCUCAGACUUUACCCCCCCGCUCCUGGGACGUCCCGUGAGCUGAUCAGAGACAUGGUGAUUGAGGGUAUCCAUAUACCAAAAGGAGUGACCUGUAUGCUCAACACCUUCACUUCUUGUCGGAUGGAGAAAUUUUUCAAGAAUCCACUGAAGUUUGACCCAGACAGAUUUCACCCCGAUGCUCCUAAGCCUUACUACUGCUACUACCCCUUUGCACUCGGUCCUCGUGCCUGUCUUGGCCAAAACUUUGCCCAGAUGGAGGCGAAGGUGGUGAUGGCUAAACUCCUCCAGAGGUUUGAUUUCACUCUUGUCCCAGGACAGCGUUUUGACAUAAAGGACACAGGGUCCCUCAGGCCAAAGAGUGGAGUCCCCUGCAUCAUCAAACACAGAUCCACCAAAUGAAUAGGAUAGAACAAAACACUAUAGUACAUUUUUGCAUCUUAUCAUCUUCACCAUUCAACAAAAUAAAACACAAGUCCAUAAUUUCAAUGUGUAUGUUGUUCUAUACAUGCAUUUGAUCUUUAGGUCAAUUUUAUGCUAUGGCAAGGAGUGAUGGGGUUUAAGUUUUAAUAAUACACAAUCCAAACAAAAUACUGUCAUAAAAAUGGAAAAAAUAGAUGCAUGUCUCUUUAAGAUCUGUCUCUAUGGGGCCAUAUCAUGUGUCGUGCUCUAUAGAUAAAGGUGAUUAUAUAUUAUGUAAUGUACUACUAAUUGAUUUCCAGACUGCUAAUUGUGCAACUCAAACCACUAAGAAUCAUUUUGUAUUUGGAUGUGAAAGGAUAGGAUAUAAUAAAUUGUGCGUAAUCGCGUGU